UGGGUCUUCCAGAUUGGCACACUCGUCUCGGUGGACUUAGUUACAAAUCUGUCGCCGGCAAUGUGGUUGUCGCACCGCUGGACUGGAACUUUGAGCUGAGCAAUCGGAGGAGUCCCGUAGAAACCCCUCUUCUUGAUCCGGAUUUGUGUCGCUUCUCCAUCACACGAAAUGAGUUCGGCCAGACAUCUUAAGACGAUGAGCGAAAAGGAGCGCGAUGAGUUCUUCGACUCAUUUGAUUUGGUCUUCUGCGAUUGCGAUGGAGUUGUUUGGUAUCCCCUGCGGGAUUUUAUACCCGGCUCCGCCGAUGCCCUGGCCCAUUUGGCCCAUCUUGGCAAGCAGGUGACCUUUGUGACCAACAACAGCAUCAGCUCGGUGAAAGAGCACAUCGAGAAGUUUGAGAAACAGGGCCAACUUAAGAUCGAUGAGCAUCAAAUCGUUCAUCCUGCGCAAACCAUCUGCGAUCAUUUGAAGUCCAUUAACUUCCAGGGACUCAUUUACUGCCUGGCCACGCCCCCUUUUAAGAAAGUCCUUGAGGAUGCCGGUUUUCGGAUGACCAAAGAAAACGGGACCGGGAUCAUCACAAGCCUCCAGGAUCUCCACGAGGCCAUUUUCGGCGGCGACUCGGUGGAGGCCGUCAUCAUCGAUGUGGACUUCAACCUGUCGGCGGCAAAGAUGAUGCGCGCCCAAGUCCAACUGCAGAAUCCCAACUGCCUUUUCCUGGCCGGAGCUGCAGAUGCCCUAAUACCCUUUGGAAAGGGCGAGAUUAUAGGACCUGGAGCCUUCAUCGAUGUGGUGGCCCAAUCCGUGGGCCGUCAGCCCACCACUCUGGGCAAGCCGGGAGAGGAUCUGCGCAGGCUGCUGCUGGACCGCCACCCGGGAAUCCCGCCCAGCCGCGUGCUCUUCGUGGGCGACAGCCUGGCCAGCGACAUUGGAUUCGCCCGCACCAGUGGCUACCAGACCCUCCUCGUCCUCACAGGCGGCACCAAGUUGGAGGACGUGCACCAACUUCCGGAUGGCCAUCCCCAGAUGCCCGACUACCUGGUCGAUUGCCUGGGCGAGAUGGCCCCCGAUAAACCGCAACCGAGUAAUUCUUACUCGGCACUUUCAACUUGAUAGCCCUUCAAGUGUUUGAUACACUAAUCUACCGGCACAUAUAUGUAUAUUGCGGUUGUUGGGGAGCAGGCAGUGACAAAAAGUGUUUUACUUUUCCAUUUAUAGGAAUACCCAAUCUAUCUGUAGUUCUAAGAAAUCUUGUUUUUUUUUGCAAAUAGUGAGUUAUAUUUCAAACGACGAAUAAAAUACGGUGAUGAUUUGUCAGCAUGUCCA